UGGAAGGCCCAUAAUCUCCUAGCAUGUCAUCCUCCUCUCUUCACAAGUGAUUACGGGGCCAGGCUCCAAAGAAGAUUAAAGGAGCAGUCUGUGGGGUACACUCGGCCGGGGUACUCCACUCUGAGCUCAACCACCCUGCACGCUUAAGAAUCAGCACCUAUGGCCCUUGUGCCAGGGAACAGCGAGGAUGGGCGUUGGCCUAGAGACAGCCCAGGCUCCUCCCAGCAUCCAGAAAGUCCUAGGCUGACCAACCCUCUCUGGAACGACAGAGGAGAAAUUGGCAGGGUUGAAGGUCACGAGCAUGUUCAGGUUGUCUCUCAAAAGACCCGCCUGCCCUCCAUUGUGGUGGAAGCCUCUGAGGUGAGUGAAGAGAGUGGGGAGCUCCGGUGGCCUCAUGAGGAGCUGCUGCUGCUCACCGAUGAUGAGGAAGAGGAGGCGGAGGUCUUCUUCCAGGACCAAAGUGAAGAGCCAGGUGAGGGAGGUGGCUAGUUCAGUGGGGCCAUUGUGAGCUGGAUGUUCUGGCCACGACCAAGAUGGAAAACUCAGCUGUGUCCCCUGCAUUAAGCAGUAUCAGGCUCACAGCAGGUGCUCAGGAAACAUAAUGAAGAAAAAUGUACGGGUGGGAGAGAAAGGUUAAGGGGCUUGGCAAAGUUGAUAAAAUUCAGAGCAGUUCUGAUGUUGGAUGGGUGACAGCUUUUAAUAUGUAUUUUUAAUAUUUUAAAAUAUUUACAUUGUUGUGGGGGGGAGAUAAUAAAAUUACCUCAAAUCUGACUACCCAGUGACAAUUAACAUUUCAGAUGUCUUCUCUUCCAGACUUUUCCCCAUGUCUGUUUAUUGUUAUAGCUUUUUUUUUUUUGAGUUUUUACUAUGUCCCAGGUACUGUGCUAAACACUUUUACCUCAUAAUUUUCAGAAAGAAAUGAGGGAGAUAUUUUCCCCCUCAUGAGGAAAUUGAGGCUGUGAAGUUAGGCUCUUCAUUAUAAUUGCUGUAUUACCUUCUUAUUUUUAUUUAUUUAUUUUUGAGGAAGAUUAGCCCUGAGCUAACAUCUGCCACUCCUCCUCUUUUUGCUGAGGAAGACUGGCCCUAAGCUAACAUCCAUGCCCAUCUUCC